AUGGCAGAGGAGCGCAAGGUGGAGGAGGUGAGCGAUGAAGACGAGCCACAGGAGAAGACAGUAGGCAGCUCACCGCCAGGGACCGAUGAUGGGGAAGUUGGGAAAGAGGCGGAGGCCAUAACGGAGGUCGAGGCCAAACAGCCACCUGAGCAAGUAAAGGAGGCGCCGAGUCGGCUGCGUGACACGUUGUGCUUGAGUACCUGGCCAGAGCACUCACAGCUUGCAGCGGCGGAAGUCUUGCGCGAAUACGAAGCGGGGCCUGCGGAGCAGCUUGAGGCACUUGAGCAGGCGAUUCGAGCUGCUUUCCAGGAGCAAGUGAUCGGCUUGAUGGAGCCCAACUUUGCCCCGUCUGAGAAGCACUUGCAGGAUCUGCGCGCUGCGUGGUGUCGUGAACACGGCUUACAGGCAAUUCGGGAGUUUGCAGCGAAGUCCACAUGGCUGGCGCACAUCCAGCCUUUGGUGGCGGUCGCAAGCUUGGAGCCAGGAGCGCAAGCGGCGGCAGAAGCAACGCUGCAGCGUGCCACGGCUGAGCAUCUUUCGUCGCUGCAUGAGAGGCUGGAAAAGGAGUGGGAAGCACACAUCCAAGAGAAGUUGUUAAAGGCCCCAUAUCUGGGGCAAGUUCCGGAGAUGGGGCCCAAUGGGCUGUGCACGCCGACCUUGGCGAAGGCAUCAUCGGCAUUGAUCCGGUUACGCAGGAGAUUGGACGAAGAGGAAGUGGCCCGAGCGUGGUCCGCACAAACCAAGAAGCGUGCCCGUGGAGGCAGCUGGCCAGAUGCCAUGCCCUUGUUUUGCCGUGGGUGCUCCGACCGUGCUGAACAAGAGAUGCGCCUACCUCGCAAAGCCUUUCCGCCAUGCAACAGCAGCGACGUCUGGCAUAAGCUCAUUGCUCUGGGAAUGGACCAGCUCUGCAGCAACUGCUUGCUUGCCCAGCAACGCAAGGCAUUGUAUGCCACGGAAGGGAAGCCACCACAGCCAGAGCCAGCAGCUCCUGAUGCAGGCGCUGCCUGUGCCUUCUGCCAAGGAAGCAAGUCUGGACAGCUUUGCAGCUCCUGCGCCAAGAAGGCGCUGCGGUGCCGCACCUGUGCAACAGAAAAGCCCUUGAGCAAGUUUCCGCUUGCGCGGGUCUUGGAGUUAAAGAAGCAAAAGGAUCUGAAGCGGCGGGCAGUCUGCAGUGUGUGCACAAGCAGUGCGCCCAAACGGACGCAGGCAGUAUGGCAACAGAAGGAGUACAAAUGCUAUGGGCCUUGCGCAAUGCACAAGGCGCCGCGGCACUUCGACACAGCGAAGCUCAAGCAACUGGAGGCAGACAAUCUCUUACACCUGGCAGUGUGUGGGCUUUGUCAGAGUGAGGAGCUGAAGCCAGGUCAGGCUUGGGUCCAGUGCACGGCGUGCAGAGUUACGAAGCCAGCAAGUGCGUACAGCCUGGCCAGGCAACGGUGCAAAGUGCGGACAGAGUGGAAAUGUCAAGCUUGCGAUUUCCCUGAGUGCACACUGUGCAAGGAAAGGCCGCUGGAGCCGAAGCAGAAGCCAUACAUCUGCGCGAAGUGCCGAUAUCCUCCCUGCCCUGUGGUCAAGAGCGCCCCCGGGGCGGGAAGUACAUGCGAAGCAGGCUCCCAUCGUGGACUUGCAAAAGAUGCAAGGCCGCGGCGGGACAGCCCUGAGCGGCGACAGAACAGCGAGAGCCAUUCGAAAAAGCGCGCCUGA